UCAACACUUGUGAUUAGGUAGUCACCCGUUUGCGUUGCAUGUGGAUGCAUGAUAAGGAAGAGCACUUGCUAGACACCACCGGUCUCUCGUAUAUAGAGAGGAGGAGAUGAGAGAGCAGAGUUCUAUUGGGUUCUGAGACAGCUGCUCUCUGCGACGUCAGGGAUGCAGUCUCCGACUCCUCCUGCACAGGAGCAGCAGCAGCAGCAGCAUCUGGUUCUACGAAUCAGGAACUCCGCGCAUAGCCACAGAGAGAGCGCAUCAGAAGAGGAGCGGGAAGAUGAGGAAGCAUCAAGAACAGCCCUGUCGACCUUCCGGGCCAAGGAAGAAGAGAUUGAGAGGAAGAAGAUGGAGGUCAGGGAGAAGGUGUUCGCCCAGUUGGGCCGCGUGGAGGAGGAAAGCAAACGACUGGCCGUGAUCCAAAAGGAACUUGAAGCGAUAGCGGAUCCAACGAGGAAGGAGGUGUCAGCCAUACGCAAGAAGAUAGACGCUGUCAACCGCGAACUGAAGCCUCUCGGCCACAACUGCCUCAAGAAGGAGAAGGAGUACAAGGAAGCUCUUGAAGCCUUUAAUGGGAAGAACAGGGAGAAGGCGCAACUGGUGAACAGACUGAUAGAGUUGGUCAGCGAGAGCGAGAGGUUGAGGAUGAAGAAGCUGGAGGAGCUGGGCAAGACGGUGGACUCUCUUCGAUGACCCAUGGAUUGCUCGUUGCAGUGCUUGGAUCUCCCAUGGCGGACUUGAAUUGGUUCUCCUCAUUCUCUUCUUUAGAUUGUGUGAUUUGGCACGGUUUGAUGAGUGUAAUAAGCUGAUUGAGAUAUUGAAAUCACUUCUCAAGUGUCUUUAAA